GUGAUUGAUGAAUAAGUCUUACCCCCAUCUUUGCAAAGCCGCAGCAUCUGAUUCGAUUCUGACAUAAUCGAAACCUGUUUUUUUAUUUGUUAUCCAUGUAUAAAACCCCCUCUAUAUUAGAACCUUGCUCCUUUUUUUUUAUUAUAUAAUUUUGUGCUGUAAAAGAGAAAAGAAAGAACAACUAAACAAAAGCAAAGAUGGAAUUGGCAAACUCAGAGUCAAAGAGAGAGUGCGUGUAUCCAGGCUCCGGAGAUUUUCAGAUCCCAAUUGAUCUAUUCGGUUCCAAAAAGCACGCCGGAGUCCCACGUGGCGUUCUGGCUUUCGCUGAUUCGUCGGGUAACAUACUCUUCAAGGUGAACCCUCACCCACCCAAUCCUGACUCUUCCGACAAGAAACUCUUGCUCGAUGCUUCCGGCAAUCCUGUCUUCUCCAUCUACGGCCAUCACAAUGGGUCUUGGAAAUGCUAUAAAGGGGACAAUGAGUUAGUGUUUAGAGUGCAGAGGACCCUCAAAACACUUACUAGAGUUGAGUUAGAGGUGUUUUUCUAUGGUGAGAGGUCCAACGAUGAAGGUUGUGAUUUGAAAGUCAGAGGUUCCCCUUUCAAUAAAUCAUGCAGCAUCUAUAAAGACGCUGACUUGGUAGCACAGACUAGCCUGAUGUACAAACUUCACCAACUAUAUGUCAGUAGGGGUAAAUUUCGCCUAACAAUCUUUCCCGGGACUAUUGACCAUGCUAUUGUUGUGGCUUUGUGUGUAAUAUUUUUGAAUGGGAGAAAAUAAUAUCAUUAACAGACGGCAUGCAAUUGCAAUUUAUUUUAAACAGUUACAUGUAUCUCUGUAAGAGCUGGAAGCAUUUUUUUUUUUUUUUUUUAUGUAUGAUCUUUCUCUGUCUCACACACUCACACAGAUUGAGGCUGGUAACACUAGUUCAUGAUCGAUGACAAAAUAUGGAGGAA